ACACUAAUUUUUUUCAUAAUUUUUUGCAAAAAACACUACUUGUCGAUUUUGACCCAUUUGAUGACAAUUAUGAUAAGUGGAGCCCGCAAAAGCUGACGUGGCAUAAUGGUUCUGCACAAACGGCGUUAGACAGUUUAUCGACAUUUACAUAGACACCCUUCAUGCAAAAAACAAAAUGCAAUCGGGUCCUGUCCAAGCAAAAACUGCAGCACACGUUCAUGGUGUUUCGUCCCCGGCGAGGUACGGACACCAGAGCGUCGCUCGGAGGGGGAAGACGGCGGCGCCAGGCCUUCAGCCGGUGGUGCCGCGUACGCAUAGGGCGAGGGCGGCGUUAGGCACGCGAGCGAGCGGCAGCCGCCCCUGCUGCACGCAGGCGCGAGCAGCGGCGCCGGCGGCCAAGCGCGAACGAGGAACGGCGACGAGAGCGACGCCAGCGACCAGCAGCCGCGCCGGCAGAGCGCGGACGCGAGUAGCGACGCCGACGGCCAGGCGCGAGCGAGCAGCGGCGUCGACGGCCACGCGCGAGCAGCAACAUCGAGGGGAGCGAGCAGCGGCGCCGGCGGACACGCUCGAGCAGCAGCGGCGAGGGGAGCGAUGCGAGCGAUCAGCGGCGCCGGCGAACACCCUCGAGCAGCAGCGGCGCCAGCGGUCAGAGCAAAUAAUCAUAUGUCCAGGACCUCGCCAGCAAUGCGCAGCCGAGGAAAGCCUUGGCCUCCUUUCUUCACUUUGCAAGCUGGGAGAUUUGGAAGGAGCGAAAUGCACGCGUAUUCAGGACCAAGGCGGCACCGGUGGCGGUGAUCGUGCGAACUAUUAAAGAGGAGGCGUCUAUCUGGGCUCCGGCGGGCGCCAGUCAUUUAUGUAAUUCAAUGCCGUGAGAGUAGGCCUUUGCCUCUUUUCCGCUUUCGCGGGGCUGUGAUGUACUAAAACAUACUCUUCUCCUUAUUCAAUGAAAAUGGCAAAUGUUUUGCCCCGUUUAAAAAAAUCAUAUAUUUUUAUGAAAAUUUCAAGGUUAA